UCCAUCGAAAAAUACAAUCCUGCACAAUCAGAAAUUCAUAGAAAAUUAAAUUAAGAGUUUUCAUGGAGAAAAAAUUAUAUAAUAUGUACAUCCUUCUUACAACUUUUAUCAAUAACAAUUUUUUGAGUUCCUGUCCACACCUUUUCAUCAGGUCAAACUAAAGCAUGAAUCACAUAGAUAAGCAUUGAGCUAACUAGUUCAUCUCAGGCGUAUUCAUUUUUUCUUCACGUGUUGACAGGUGAAAUACCAAAACAGAUAAGCAAUCUCGUUGAGUUGGAGGUACUUAUUCUUGGGUAUAAUAGUUUUAGUGGUCGACUUAAUAUGGAGAUCUUCAACAUAUCAGGGCUGAGAAUAAUUGAUCUUACAUUCAACAAUCUAUCAGGAAGCCUCCCACAAAACAUAGGUUCUAUAUUACCCAACAUUGAAGUGCUUUAUUUGGGCAACUUAACCAAUCUUGUAGGGACUAUUCCUCAUUCCAUCUACAAUUGUUCAAAAUUUACUAUUCUAGAGCUUUCAUACAGCCAACUCACAGGCUUGAUUCCCAACUCACUUGGAUAUUUGACUCAUCUACAGUAUCGAAAUUUAGGGGGAAACAAUUUAACCAGUGACUCAUCAUUAAGCUUCCUGACUUCCUUAUCCAAUAACAGAAAUUUAACAAUUCUUUAUCUAUAUUCCAACCCUCUAAAUGGCAUGCUUCCAGCCUCCACAGGGAACCUUUCCACCUCUCUUAGAAAAUUUUAUGCCAACAAUUGCAAAAUCAAAGGGCGCAUUCCAAAUGAAGUUUUGAACUUAAGCAGCUUGUUAGACCUUAGAUUUCUGGAAAUAACUUGGUCGGAUCGAUUCCAACAUCAAUUGGCAAAUUGAGAGACAUUCAGCGGUUCAACUUGAGUAGCAACAAAUUUACAGGAUUUAUUGGAUAUCAUAUAUGUAAAUUGAAUUAUUUGGGUGCUAUUUACUUGGGUCAAAAUCAACUUUCAGGACCUCUUCCAAAUUGUUUAGGGAACGUUACUUCCCUUAGGGAGAUACAUCUGGGUUACAAUAAAUUGAGUUCCAAUAUACCACCAUGCAUAGGGAACCUUCAAGAUCUUGUGGUUCUUGACUUAUCGUCAAACAACAUGGUAGGUACUUUACCUCCAGAAAUUGGAAAUCUAAAGGCUGCAACUCUAAUAGAUCUGUCAAUGAAUCAAUUCUCAAAUGGAAUUCCUAGAGAAAUUGUAGGAUUACAAACUCUGGUGCACCUUUCUUUGAGACACAACAAGUUGCAAGGAUCUAUACCUGACUCAAUGAGCAACAUGGUAGGUUUGGAAUUCCUAGACCUUUCUGGUAAUAAUAUAUCGGGAACUAUUCCCAUGUCUUUGGAGAAACUCCAGAACCUAAAGUAUUUCAAUGUUUCUGUCAACAAGUUGUACGGUGAAAUACCCUAAGGGGGUCCUUACAAGAACCUCUCGAGUGAGUUUUUCAUCGACAAUGAAGCAUUGUGUGGUUCUUCAAGAUUUAAUGUCCCACCAUGCCCCACUUCAUCAAAGCACAGAUCAAAUAGGAAAAAGUUGCUACUUUCAUUUCUUUUGCUGGGAAUCACAUUUUUAUUUGGUCCUACCACCGUUGUGUUUGUAUGGAUAAGGUAUCGAAGAGGUAAUAGAGCCCCUCAGCAAGCAGAUUCAUUUUUAUCCAUAACACGAGAAGGAAUUUCAUACAAUGAACUGCUCCAAGCAACUGAUGCUCUUAGCGAGAGUAAUCUGAUUGGUUCUGGAGGUUUUGGCUCAGUCUACAAAGGCAUUCUCAGAAGUGGAACUGCCAUUGCUGUUAAAGUGUUCAAUUUGCAACUGGAUGCAGCAUUCAGGAGUUUUGAUACAGAAUGCGAUGUUUUGCGCAGCCUUCGCCAUAGGAAUCUAGUAAAAGUCAUUACUAGUUAUUCCAACAUUGAUUUUAAGGCUUUAGUGCUUGACUAUAUGCCUAAUGGGAGUCUUGAGAAGUAUUUGUAUUCACACAACUACUUCCUCAACAUCAAGCAGAGACUAAGCAUAAUGAUAGAUGUGGCAUGUGCUUUGGAAUAUCAUCACCAUGGGUGCUCAUUGCCAGUCAUUCACUGUGAUGUGAAGCCUAGUAACGUCUUGCUGGAUGAGGAUAUGGUUGCCCGCCUAAGCGACUUUGGCAUCUCGAAACUUCUUGGUGAAUAUGAGAGUGAUUUAUACACAAAAACCUUAGCAACACUGGGUUAUAUUGCGCCAGAGUAUGGGCAAGAUGGGUUAGUGUCUACUAAAUGCGAUGUCUAUAGUUAUGGGAUGAUGUUGCUGGAAACGUUUACCCGGAGAAAGCCUAAUGAUUUUGAGGGAGAUCUUAGCUUGAAGCAAUGGGUGAGUCAUUCACUCCCAGAGGCAAUAAUGGACGUUCUAGAUGCCAACUUGAUAGCACCAACGAAUAAUUGCUUACAGAAGGAGCUAGAUGUUGUGGCAUCCAUCAUGGAAGUGGCAUUAGAUUGUGUACUGAAUCUCCGGAAGAAAGGACAAACAUGAAAGAUGUUGUUGGGAUGCUACAGA